GAGUGCGCAUGCGCAGUCACGUUCCGUACUCGUCGGCUGUUGUGUUAUUGCCAGCGACUAGAACCGAGUGUACUCGACGUUCUCUGCCGCCUAAAACGACCGCAAAAAGGCAGAAUUGAUCCAGAACCGAGCUCACGGUGAUCCACCAUGGGUGCCGUUUCGAGCACCGAAGCCGAGAGGGAGCCGCUUCUCGUGCCGACCCACGCCGCGGCGAGAGCUCCGCCGCCAGUCAACGGCCGUGUGUACGGCCGAAGAUGGCUCGUCCUCAGCCUGUUCUCCCUGCUGGCCCUGAUGCAGGGAAUGGUGUGGAAUUUCUGGGGGCCCAUCCAGAACUCCGCCGCCCAUGCGUUCGGUUUCACCAAGUCCGACAUCGCGGUGCUGGUCCUGUGGGGUCCGGUAGGCUUCAUCCCGUGGUUGCUGUUCAUGUGGCUGAUGGAUAAAAGAGGUCUUCGGGCGUCCCUCCUGCUGUCGGCCUUCUUAAUGCUGCUGGGGGCGGUGCUGCGCAGCAUCCCGCUGACGGACCCGUCUCUCCGCCGCUGGUUAAUCCACGGCGGUCAGCUGCUCAACGGUUUAGCCGGUCCCACCAUCAUGAGCGCUGGCCCCUUCCUCUCCACCACGUGGUUCGCCCCGGACCAGCGGGCCACCGCCACCGCCGUGGCCUCUCUCUUCUCCUACCUGGGCGGGGCCGCCUCCUACGUGGCGGGACCCCUGAUCGUGCCCGCCCCCAACGGCACCCAGCCGGCGGGCCACCGGGUGUCGGCGCCGCCGCCCGCUUUAGACGGCGCCAUCCGGGAGAAGAUCCAGCUGCUUAUGUAUGCAGAGCUGUCUGCCAUCGCUGUGCUGUUUGUGGCAGUGCUCUUGUAUUUCCCCUCGCGGCCGCCGCUUCCCCCCAGCGUGGCCGCCGCGAGCCAGCGGCUGAGCUACAGGAGCAGCAUCUGCAGACUGCUCAGUAACUUCCGCUUCCUGAUGAUCGCGCUGGCCUACGCCGUGCCCACCGGGGUGAUCGCCGGCUGGGCGGGCGUCCUUGACAUGAUCCUCACGCCAGCCAAAGUCAGCCAGGUGGACGCGGGCUGGAUCGGCUUCUGGUCCACGGUUGGCGGCUGUGUCUUCGGGGUGGCCAUGGCCAGGUUUGCCGACUCCAUCCGGGGGAUGCUGAAGCUGAUCCUGGUUCUGAUGCUGGCCGGGGCCUCGCUGUCCUCCACCUGGUUCACGCUCACCUGCCUCAGCAGGCUCACGCACCUGCCCUCCAACGCAGCCAUCUUGUACACGUCGUGCAUCCUGGUGGGCAUCUUCAUCAACAGCAGCGUGCCCAUCUUCUUCGAACUCUUCAUCGAGACGGUGUACCCGGUCCCCGAAGGCAUCACCUGCGGCGUGGUCACCUUCCUAGGCAACCUCUUCACCGGACUGCUCCUCUUCUUCCUCACCUUCUACUGUACAGAGUUGUCGUGGUUGAACUGGUGUCUGACGAGCUCGUGCAUCUUCAGCCUGGUGCUCAUCUUGUUCUUCCGCGAGUCGUAUGACCGCCUCUACCUGGACGUCUUUGUCUCCGUUUAACGGGACAGACAGACGCAAAACGGACAACGCGGACCUUUAUGUUGCACAAAAUCCGGGGGGAGAAAAGAAAAGGGACUUUUGAGUGAAGUUUUUUGGUGAGAUUUGCCAGCAAGGACUCUUCAAAUCUACGUUUACCCUACACAAAAAGUGGCCAUUUUGUCUGACAGAGCUUCCCACAAAAUGGACGCUGCCACUAAGCUGCCUGACCACAAGCCAGCAGCAGCCAAACGAGACAAAAUAUUAUUUUGGGAUUCUCCUAUGUUUUAACUUGACUGUUUGGAGCUCCUGGAUUGGUUACUUGUCUUACCUUUAAAAAGGUUGUUGUGGUUUUUAGAUAACAAUGUUUUGUGGGUGUACGCGUGCGUUUGUGUGUGUGCGUGAGUGUGUGACCGCAAAAGCGUGAUGAUUGUGUGGCCUCCGAGCAAGGGGGAAUAAAAGGGAGAAGUAAAGGAUUGAUCGAUCUUUAGACCUUACCUACCAAGCUCGUUUUACAAAUUUCUUAUUUUGUGUUUAUUAUGUUUUGACAGACUUUUAAAAGGAACGUGCAGGUGGUCACCAACCUCAACGGGCGUGUCUCAAGGUCUUUCAAAGACUAUUUACGUCACGUUUGUUGUGGUUUUAAGCUAACAAUCGUUUUUUUUGUCGGUUUGUCCAAGCCAAAACGAGGCGACUCAGUGAGACGCUUUGAUUGUGUAACUUCCAAGUGAGUGGGAUAAAACAAAAAAGGUUUUAAUUCAAAAGCACCUAAGGAAGGAUGUUUUGUUUGUUUGCACAAAGUGUGGAAAUGGGAAGAUUGUUGUUUGUUUAUCAUGUGCAGAAAUGUUUGUCCUUUGCCGUCGACAUACGUGUCCUUUGUCGUGUUCCCUUUGUGGCCUUCGGCUUGUACGUGUCCUGAAUGCUCCGUGUGGGAAAACUCUCCAGCACCUUAUUUCCUUUUAUUAAAACUGUUUUAUGAAUAA